AGGAGCGAACGGGAGAAGGGCGAAGGUUGAUAGCCUGCACACAGACAGAUAUAGACGGGUGGGAUCGCCCAGCACAGUAAUGACAGCGUGUGGGCCCACUGCGACCAGGGGGAGCUGGUACUAGCAAACCGCACUAAUACAACAGCAGUGCAAGGCGUAGCGUUGAUAAGAAGGCCCGUUUGCUAGAGACAACGUCCUCGCUCGCUGGAUGGUCUGUCGCCAAACGCAUUCCAGAGACUUUACGGAAUCAUUCAUUCCCAUUUAGAGAGCGGAGUCUGAUAGCUGCCGCUGUCUGGCCGCACUUCUAAAAAAGGUGCAGAGGUGGGCAACGACAUGGUGGAUUACUAUGACAUCCUGGGAGUGUCACGAACUGCCUCUCCAGAUGACAUCAAGAAAGCGUAUAGGAAACAGGCCCUACGGUGGCACCCAGACAAGAACCCCGACAACAAGGACGAAGCAGAGAGGAAGUUUAAGGAGAUCGCAGAGGCAUAUGAAGUUCUCUCAGACAGAAGUAAACGACAGUCAUAUGACACAUAUGGCAAGGAAGGAGUUCACAGUAGUUCAGGCUCGAGUGGGCCUUCAUCCCAUACGGGAGACUUCCCAGGAUUCACCUUCACAUUCCGAAACCCAGACGAUGUCUUCCGGGAGUUCUUUGGGGGACAGGAUCCCUUUGCCGACUUCUUCGAUGACUUCCCCUUCGGAGGGAUGCACCAUGGCCACCGUAACCACUCCAGGCCUGCUGGGCCCGGACGCUUCUUCUCCUUCCCCUCUGCUGGAGUGGACUUCACUACGUUCUCCAUGGGGGGGAUGGGAGGCAUGGACAUGGGGGGAGGAGGGGGCCUGGGCAACUUCAAGUCCGUCUCCACCUCCACACGCACCGUCAACGGCAAGAGAACCACCACACGGAAGAUUCGAGAGAACGGUCAAGAAAGAACAGAGAUUGAGGAGGAUGGGGUUCUAAAAAGCAUUCUCAUCAAUGGUGUGGCUGACGAGAUGGCGCUAGCACUGGAGCUGAGUCGCCGCGAGCAAGAAGGCAUCGGCUCCUCCUCCACCUCCUCCACUUCCACUUCCACAUCCACCUCCGCCCACACGGCAUCGUCCACCAAUCACCAGCAGCGCCUGCACACGCAUCAUCAUCACCAGAAGCCAGCCAAGACGAGCCCCGCCCAGCGCUCCUUUAGCUCCGCCCCCUUCUACCACUGUCCGGACGGCCUGGAGGAUGACGAGGACGACGAAGACCUGCAGAUGGCGCUAGCGUACAGCCUCUCGGAGAUGGAGGCGCAGCAACGCUCCGCUGCCGCCGCCCAAGACUUCAUCUCAGGAACAGAUGGAUGAGCAUUGUGGUGCACUGCAGAUAUGGAUGCUCCUCUUGAUGUUGGUAUGCAUGGCGUGUUUGUGUGUGUGGGAGAGUAGAGGAUGCAUGGUUUGUAGAUAGCUGGCUGCCUCAAAAUGUGCCCCCAAAAAAAGCAAAGAGUUCACACAGAGAUUCUAUAAGUAUAUAGAGAUAUGCCAUUGUAAUAGGUUUCUAUGGGCACCUAAAGUGACCAGGUUCCGGUCUGCCUAAAGGGGCGUGUCAUAAUGCUCCUAGCAUUGAAUAGAACAGUCCUCAGGUCUGCCUUGGUCUGCCUAAAGGGGGAUUUCCCCCCCCCCCAAUAAUAGAACCAGGAAACAAUGGGCCAAUGGAACCUCUCUCUCUCUACUCUCUCUGGUUCACAGUUGCCAUUUGACAAUGCUGUUUGAUGUUCUGUAAGGCAAAGUUCCAAUCACUCCUUGGUUACCAUUCAGUCAUAGUGUUCUAGAAUCCGAAACCAUGGCAAAGCUGUAUAAACAAACAGUAAAUUUGCCUGCUUGGUGUCCCAGAGAUAAAGGGGUGCAGGCCAAGGUGUUCUUUUGUUCAAUAGCUGAGUAAGCAGGCUUGUUCAGUUCUAAACAACACACCCCAUGCCAUAUAGUCAUCCAUGAAACUAACACACUAAUUAAUCACAGGGCACCACAUGCCACCAUUGCCACCGCUGGCCACCGCCAAUGGCCAUCAUUAACAUCAUGUCACCUAUCGAGGGCAGAAGCUGAAUGCUUUUCCAGUCUUUAGGGCAGAAGGAUUCAAAUCCAGGCGUGCUGUUUUUUUUGUUUUGUUUUUUUUUUUUCCAAAAAAGAUCCUUCGGGAGCUGCAGGAUUGAAAUUUGUAGUUUAAGCUUGAGUCCAAUGAGGACUUGUUUUUUCAAAAGGAAUAUUUCAUAAUUACUCAAUGAUUACCUGGAUUACUACAAUCUCUGUCAAAAGCACCAGUUCUUUACAGGGCCGGCACCAGCAGCCCUUUAAACUCAUCUAUAGCGAGUGUUGUUGAGUGAUAAACUGUGGACUGAUACCAUCUUUACUUAUCCAUUCUUCUUCCUCAGUCACACCCAGAGAACAGACCAGUGGUACUGCUCAGAAGAGUACAGGAGAAUGUACAUUAUUUUGAUAUCUGAUAUUAAAUGUCCCUUGUUACUAUA